UAGGCAACUAGGCAGUGUAGCUUAGCCGCCAUUUUUAGGCUUUCCAAAGCCGUUUCUAUAAAGCGGCCCUGAUUCUGGAAAAGCACUGGCGAUCGGGGAAACAGCCCGCACCAUGCUGGCCAAUAGGAGUGUCAGAAGAAACCUAGAAAAGGGUUAAGUCGCCUGUGGCAACGGGGCCGUAGUUUGUUUAUCUCCGGGGCUUUCUGGGAGUUGUAGUCUUGCUAGCGGGGCCUCUCGGUAACGGCAAAGAUGCCGUUGGCUUGUGUCUGACGAGGUCACGUGGUGCCAGCACGGACCUGCGGCGGUGGAUCCUCGGUGUAGAGAUGGCGGACGCUGUGGAGAGAAAGAAACAGGUCCGCUUCGCGCGGCUGGAAGAGGAUGAAGAUGAUGGCGGAGGAGGAGAGGGCGACGAGGAGGAAGAGCUGGUGGUAGCGGCAGACGCAUCCUCGAAGGAACCCCUCCGAGGCUCCGCGAGGCUCGUCUCUCAGCCGGCGGUGACGGUGGCGGAGGGCAGCGGCAGGAGAAGCCGGGCGGGAGGCGGCGUUGGCGCAGCGAAGCAGCAGGCGGUGGCGCUGAAGUGGUGCACCUCGAUUGCUUUGUGCGCCGCCUUCCUGGGCCUGGGUAUGGCCAUUGCUGUCCUAGGGCCCACAUUUCAAGACCUGGCUACAAAUGUGAACAAAAAUGUUAGUCAAAUCUCUUACAUCUUUGUGGGCCGUUCAAUGGGGUACUUUGGUGGUUCUCUGAUUGGUGGAAUACUUUUUGACUGCAUGAAUGCCCAGCUUCUUUUGGGAUUAUCAAUGCUGGGUACAGCUCUAGGUCUGUAUGCCAUUCCAUGGUGUAGGCAAGUGCUCUUGUUAACAGCAAUGAUGUCUGUCAUUGGUUUUGCAAUGGGAGUCCUGGAUACAGGUGGCAACGUUCUUGCUUUGGACACAUGGGGAACAGAAGCUGGUCCACAUAUGCAGGCCUUACAUUUCAGUUUUGCCCUUGGUGCUUUUGUGGCACCUAUUCUGGCCAAGAUGGCACUGGGUGGCUCUUUUAUUGAUCCUCAGGCCCAUCCAGGUGGCAGUGAUAAAAAUGAGACUUCUGUGAAUUCUCUACCAGCUGUUACAUCAUUGCUGAAGCUGCAUCUAAACUUGAAUUUUAUGUGGUCUUACGUUAUGAUAGGCACCUACCUUUUGCUUGUGGCAUUACUUUUCUUUCUGUUAUAUUUGAGGAGUACUCCUGUUCGAGACAGAUCCAAGCUUUCAGUGCAGAAAUACCAGGUGGUCAAAUACCACCAUGCUGUCAUAAUUCUUCUGGCAGUGUUUUUUUUCUGGUAUGUGGGAGCAGAGGUAACCUAUGGUUCUUACAUUUUUACUUACGCAAAAACUUAUGUUGGUAUGAAGGAAAAUGAAGCAGCAGGCUUGAAUUCUCUCUUUUGGGGAACAUUUGCAGCUUGCAGGGGACUGGCAAUUUGUUUUGCUGCUUGUUCUUACCCUGGAUCUAUGAUCUUGCUGAGUAUCAUAGGUUCUACCGUCUCAUCAUUGUUCCUGGCACUCUUCAAUACACAUGCAGUCUCUCUGUGGCUUGGCUCUGCAGUGUAUGGCGCAUCAAUGGCUACUAUCUUCCCCAGUGGCAUUUCCUGGGUCGAACAAUAUAUCACCAUCCAAGGAAAAUCUGCAGCUUUAUUUGUAAUGGGUGCAGCUCUAGGGGAAAUGUGUAUUCCUGCAGUGGUUGGCCUCCUUCAAGGAUACUUUCCCACACAUCCGGUACUCCUGUAUGCUGCCUUGGGAGCGGCAGUCAUGACAGCAGUCCUGUUCCCAGUGAUGUAUAAAUUAGCUACAUUGCCCUGUGAUGCUAAGCUGAAACAUGUUGGAGAUAGUGAACUCCAGGAAGCCUUAUUGUCCAGCUCUCAUCUUGAAGAUGAGGAGGAUGGUAGGGAAUGGAAUGAAGUAGACUUUGAAGUAAUUGAGAUGAAUGACACUCUGCACAACUCUGUCAUAGAAACUUCUAAGAUGAUCCAAGGGGAAUCUACAGGUGCCACCUCCAGCCAUCCUCCUUCAGGAAGUUUACCAUUUAAUACUUCUCCUAUGCUUGCUAUCAGAUCCCCAAGACGAAAGAAUUCAAGUAAAAACGACUAAGGUCCUCUUAUUUAGAAAAGAGGUUUCGUAGGGACUCCUACUGUAAAGAAAGGAUGAUGGGAAGCUUGCUGAAGUCCAAUUAAGCUGUUUUACAGAAAAGUGUGUGAGAAAAAUAAUGUAGUAGAGCUCAUUUUAAUGAGCAUGAUGGUAAAAACAAGACAAGAAGAAUGUUUCUUAAACUUUGUAUUGUAAAGAUUCUUCAGAGUGGUGGGACAUUUAACUCUGAAUAGAUUAAAAGAUUAUCUUUUUCUAAUAAAUAAAACUUGUAGAAGGGAUUUGUAUGCUAAAAUUAUUGUUGACUUCUUCAUCCUUGGCCAAGGGAGAUAUUUAUUUAUUUUAUUUAAAGUAUUAAUAUUGCACCUUUUUUCCUUCCAAGAAACUCAAGGCAGCUUACAUAAUCUCCCUCUUCUCAAUUUUAUCCUCACAACAACCACCCUGUGAGGUUAGUUAGGCUGAGAGCCUGUGAUGGGCCAAAGUCAUCCAGUUAACUCCAUGGCAAAGUGGGCCUGGCACUUGGAGCUUCCAGAUCCCAAGCUCAGCACUUGAACCACUAUGCCAUGCUGGCUCUUGAUUUGAUUUAAAUCAUGAUGUAAUGCUUAGUACACAUCCUGUGGGUUGAGGACUGCAGCAAGUUAAGAGAACAGCAUGAGUGGUACUCAGCUUUCUUAAUUUUUUUCCUAUGUUCCUAAGACCUUGAGUGCCAACAUAUCUUUAAUAUAGCUUUCUAGGUUUAUAUACACACUUCAAACAUGCUCUAUUGUAGCUUUUCAAAACAGCAACUGUAUUGUCCAUGAAAAAGAAUCAGCAUCAUCUAUGAAAUUGCUAAUUUUCAUAAUGUUAUUUGCAUAAAGGAAGUUGCUUACAAUCUAUGUUGUUACUGUUCUGCUUCAGGUCUGUCUUCAAUGAUUACUUUCAUAAUCAAGGUAUUCAUUCAUGCUUAUUUCACUGGUAUGUUUUUUGAAAACAAGAUAAAUGCAGAUAUAUCAGUAUGGAAUAGCUUGUUCCUACUAAUUUAAGCUCAUGUAAUUGUAUUAAAAAUUGUGAAUUUGGAUGGAGAUCCUGUUAAUUAAAUGUGUGUGAGACAAUUGUAUGCCUGUGUUAAAAAAUUGUAAUAGCAUUCUUGUUAUAAACUUGUUAGCAUCAGUAAUGGCGUAAGGAAGAGGUGCUUUUGCUAGAGUGUGUUGAAUGUGAUUAUGUUUGUUUGCAAGCAUGGACUAGGAGAGGAACAAGCAUGCUACAUAAUGACACAAGUGCAAUGAACAUUAUCAUAGUAGUCUACUACUUAAUAGCAAACAUUAAAACUUAAGGAACACGUAAUACAAAUUUUAUUCUCGUGUUUUGGACAAUGGAUGGUUUUCCAGAUGAACAGUUUAUAUCUAUCUCUGUAGAUUCAUAGAGGGAACACUAUAUUAAUAUGCGGAUUAAAAUUAUGUUUGGGAGCACUUUGUGUAAUGGAAGCCCUCGCCAAGCAGAGAUUUGAUUGAUGUAAUGUCUUGUUGUUCAGUUAGGUAUGUUGGAGCGCAGGGGUGUCUUUCACCAGGGCUGACAAAAAUAAGUUGCAAUGCCAAAUUAUGGGGUGGGUAAGGGCAUGGGAAGGUGUGUAUGAUCCCAUAACCUGUACAGACUGUACAGGCUGUAAUAAGUAUGAAAAAAUGAACACACGUCUCACAAGUUUGUUGGUCAGGUCAUCAAACAAACUGCAUUUUUUUUCUUCCAUCCUUUUAAACCUACCCAGGGAUGGGAUUGCACAGGAACGUAUGGACAGUCUACACUGCUAUGUUCUGUUGCUAUCACAACAGCACAAUCCCAGUAUUUAAAUGGAAAGAUACUGUGGUUAAUUGUGAAAUAUCAUAGGAACUGUACACUGGAUUUUGAACUGGAACACUAGCAUUAAAUGCAUCUGGGAGUGAACCAGUGUUUAAAAAAAGUUUUAAGAAGCUACCUCAUAUGAAUAUUCUAUACUAGUCUUUUCAUAUUAAAAGUCAGUGAAACAAGAAUUCCUAGCUUUUUAAAAAAUGCUGCAUUAAAUUGAAGCAAGUCAUUAGACCACAUUUGUAUACUACUGUAAUUCAAUAUUAUGCAGCUGAAACAUGUAGAAGGAUCUACAUGAACAGAACAGUAGUUCAUCUAAAGUGUGAAUAUUUUUAAUUUUAAAAGUGCAGGGGUAUAUCCAAUUUUGGGUGCAUACAAGAAUGAAAAAAGUUUAGACAUGCAGUUAGAUAAGUCCUAUAAAAGGUUUAUAUCCUCUGACUGACAGCUCCCAAUUCUAUGAUGCAACCCCUUUGUUUUAAAAGAGGUUCACUUAUAUGUUGCUGACCCACAAAGCCAAAGUUUCUUUACACAUGCAAAAACAGCUUCUGUUCUUUGAGAUCUGGACGAAUGUAUCCUGUUUGAUAGCAUUUUGACAAGAUCAAGUGUCAGGAUUAAAAAUCAAGUCAACCAAAUCAGUGGUAAAACAUGUUGUUGCCAAGUAAGCAAUAAGAUGAACUAUGGUUUUUUUAAAUGGAGUUGUGGAGUUGGAUAUGUUAUUUUAAGAAUUUUUACCCCUGCUUGGUAAAUAUAAACACAAUGACAAAUUCAGUCUUUACUUGAGGAAUCAUGUCCUUCUGAUAAUGUGUAGGUACCUCAUAUCUGUGUUUAUGUAAUCAACAGUAUAAAAUUGCAUUAUGAAUUAGAUGAGCCAUGCACUUUGAACUGCAACUUUUUACAACUUUGUUAUUUGCCUUAAAUGUUACAGAUUUUAUUUGGUAUGAUUAAUUAGUUUUUUCUUAAGUGCUCCCAUUGGUGAGUUGAUUUUGAAAUGAAAAUGCAGGUAGUUUUAUUGCUUGUGUUUACAGCGAAUUGGGAAGGCUGAUAUUUUCUUGAAUAAAAUAUUUCUGUACCAUA